AUGGACGGAAGCAGGAUGGGGCUUAAUGGCAUAGGUCGCUUUGAGCCGAAUGGUGCCAACUUCAAAGCCAAUGUUCCAUUACGUGUCCUGGUCGUCGGCGCAGGACUUGGUGGACUGGCCACCGCAGUCGCACUCGCACGUCGAGGACAUGAAGUAACCGUCCUAGAGCAGGCCCCUAUCCUUGGAGAAGUUGGGGCUGGAAUCCAAAUCCCUUCCAACUCUGCCCGUCUCCUCCUCUCCUGGGGAAUUGGUCCUUACUUUGAUGGUCGCGUCGUUGCACCAGAAGGGAUGACAUUUCGCAGGUGGCAGAACGGAGAGGCAAUUGGGUACACGAAACUAGUCCCAGAUUUCGAGGAGACAUACGGGGCGUCGUUCCUGGUCAUCCAUCGCGCAGAUUUUCACAGUGCCCUGUGCCGCCUGGCAUCUCAGCUUGGUGUGGAAAUUAUCACAAAUAGCAAAGUUGUCAGCUACGAUGAGGCCCUUCCGUCGGUAAAGACUUCGGACGGCCGAGAAUACUCGGCUGACAUAGUUGUUGCCGCCGAUGGAGUGAAGUCAGUUGCGCGGCCAAUGGUACUCGGCGGACAGGACAAGCCUGCGCAGAAGACCGGAUUCGCGGCAUAUCGUGCCGUUGUCAACACUGACGAGAUGAUGAAUGAUCCUGAUACGGCGUGGCUACUUGAGAAACCUCAGCUCAAUAUCUGGAUUGGCGAGGACCGACAUGUCAUGACCUAUUGCAUUGCGGGCGGGAAGGCCUUCAACAUGGUCUUGUCCCACGUUGACCAUAGCGACCCCUCCACUUGGAAACCGGAGAAUGCCAUUCGAGAUAUGAAGGAGUACUUCAAUAACUGGGAUCCGAAGUUGAGAAAGGUGAUCGACUUAAUCAAAGAAACGAUCAAGUGGCCACUCUUAAGCGGCACUCCUCUCCCUACUUGGAUUUCGAAAAGUCAGAAAAUCGUCCUGCUUGGUGACGCGGCACACGCCAUGGUUCCAUACAUGUCGCAAGGGGCCGCCAUGGCUGUCGAGGAUGGUGCCGCAUUGGCCGAGUUGCUCUCUCUGAUCCAGUCGAAAAAGCAAAUCCCCGAUGCUUUCCGGCUCUUUGAAAAAGAGAGAAUGAAACGGAGUGGAGGAAUGCAGUCGGCCAGCCUCGUGAACGGAAAGCUGUGGCAUUUCCCCGACGGGCCGGAGCAGCAGGCUCGAGACCGCGGGAUGAGGGCUGAGGUGGAAGGAAAGCAUUUCCUUGAGAGCACCAACCAAUGGAGCGACCCUGUGACGCAGAUGUGGGCAUACGGGUAUGAUGCGGAAGAGGCCGUAAGGAGGUUGUGGUACGCUGAAAUGGGAAUGAAGGAGUCGCGCUUGUGA